UUGCAUUUAAAAUAAAAGUGUAAAACAAAAAUAAUAAAAUGUCUGAACUACAAAUGGACUGCGCAUUAGAUUUAAUGCGUCGGCUGCCGCCUCAACAAAUCGAAAAGAACCUAAGUGACCUUAUUGAUUUGGCACCAGACUUAUGUGAGGAUCUGUUGUCCUCCGUCGAUCAACCCCUUAAAAUAGCUAAGGAUAAGGAGCACGGUAAAGAUUAUCUCUUGUGCGAUUAUAAUCGUGAUGGUGAUUCGUAUAGAUCACCGUGGUCCAACACUUAUUAUCCACCUUUGGAAGAUGGUCAGAUGCCUUCGGAACGUUUGCGUAAAUUGGAAAUUGAAGCCAAUCAUGCCUUCGAUCAGUAUCGUGAAAUGUAUUACGAAGGGGGUGUAUCAUCUGUAUAUUUAUGGGAUUUAGACCAUGGAUUCGCUGCCGUAAUACUAAUUAAGAAAGCCGGUGAUGGUAGCAAAAAAAUCCGAGGUUGCUGGGAUUCUAUACAUGUUGUGGAAGUACAAGAAAAGCCUACUGGUCGAGCGGCACAUUACAAACUGACUUCUACUGCUAUGCUCUGGCUGCAAACCAAUAAACAAGGCUCUGGCACCAUGAACUUGGGUGGCUCUCUUACCCGUCAAACUGAACAAGAUGCUAAUGUUAGCGAAUCCUCGCCGCAUAUUGCCAACAUUGGUCGAAUGGUCGAAGAAAUGGAGAAUAAAAUACGUAAUACUCUGAAUGAGAUUUAUUUUGGUAAGACCAAGGACAUAGUCAAUGGUUUACGCAGCACUCAACCAUUGGCUGAUCAGCGACAACAAGUGGCCAUGACUCACGAUUUGGCUGCUGCCAUACUGAGGCGUAAUGUCAAGCCAGAAUCGAACUGAAAAGGCUUUAAAAGUCACAAACAGUAUUGGAAAGGGAAGGGGAAGAUUAACUAACAGCUGGGCAAACGAAAUAUUAAAGAUUUCUGUAUUCUUUUUUUUUUUUUUUUGUUU